AUGUCUGGUGCAGUUUGCAUCAAUGGGACUAUUUAUUACCGAGGAAAGACUAUCUAUUACCGAGGAAGGGCUACAGACUAUGGUUAUGCUUCUGUGUACAAAUUGAUGAGUUUUGAUGUGAGAUCCGAGCAACUUUGUCAUGUCGACGCUCCAGAAACACUCAUGGAUCACCAGUCGUUUCUGAUAGACUACCAAGGGAAGUUAGGGUUCGUGUGUUGCGACAAGGGCGUGGAAAUUUGGGUUAGGGGGGAUGGUGAUCAGAAGAUUCAAGGAUGGUCCAAGAUUUUCUUUUAUGACAUGGAGGGUUUUGAAAAAAGGUACAUCUCGGGUGUUACUCGUGAUGGUGAGAUCGUUUUUGUCGAUUUUGGAUACGGUCCUGAUGUCCCGUUACGUGUCCUAUGUUAUGAUCCAAUGCAAAAUAGUGUGAGAGAUGUUGACCUCGGAGGCACUUGGCCGGGAAGGCGCAAGACUACUAUUAUAUCUGGUUUUUUUCAAUGUUUUGUUGAGAACACAAUGGGUUUAUAUUAA